ACAUAAGUCGAAGUCUGAUUGUGUUCCAACCUAGAACUCACUUCACCUCAACUGCAGUAAAGCUACUUCCGCGUUCUUGUCGUGUUUACAUACGCGUUGGCACAGUCCGUCAACAACCGAGCUUUUUUGUGAAAAUGACGGACGUUAAACCAGAGAAUAUCAGCGCUAUCCCUAUUGAUGGAUUCAGUAAUUUAAGAAUCACGUCAAUAUGGUCGUUUCUCAUGUCUGUUCAGUGGUCGGAGCCUUGGCUCAUCGGACUGAUGGUGUCCCAUGUAGUGUGUUUGUUUGUGACGGUGGUGACCUGCAGAUACUACAGAGCUCAGAUCUGUCACUUUCUGCUCAUGGUUGCUUUGGUGUAUGGUGCUGAACAUCUGAAUGAGCUGGCAGCCAUGAACUGGAUGUCUUUUUCCAAUUUCCAGUACUUUGAUUCCAAGGGCAUGUUCAUAUCUUUGGUGUUCUCGAUCCCACUUCUGCUCAAUACAGUCAUCAUUGUGAUGGUGUGGGUGUACAGGACCUUUUCUACCAUGACUGAACUUAAGACACUCCAGCUGAAGCGAAAGGCCCGCAGAGAGAAAAGGGAAAAGAAUGACUGAUCUCUUUCCUUAUGUCUGUUAAUGGGCUUCACUGAGAGGAGCUGACAACCUCUCCUUUGCUAAUCCUGAACUUUGGAGCUGAUGGGCAGAUUCCUUCUCGUGACUAUAAAAAGGAUUGUUCGCUGAUGUCUGGACUGGAUGCCGUUCUUUCUGCUAACGACUGUUGGACUGACGGGGCUGCUGAAUAUGUUUGCACACUAUGAGAUUGGCAAGGACCAAUGGACAGUUACUGUUUUGUAUUUAAUGUAGGUUUACAGAGUGUUGACAUGUACAAAAGACAUGAAGCAUUUUUUGACUUAUUAAAUUCAUGGCUGGGGAAUUUGAA